AUGACUGCCACGGAGGAGCAGCCUUUGCUCGCCUCCGUUCCGGAAACCCUACAAAAUGGCAUCAAACAUACUCGAGCUAUCCUAGACUUUGAGCAAGGCGACGCCGAAAAUCCCAGAGAAUGGCCCAUAGCGUACAAGUGGGCAAUGGUGUCUUUGCUCGCAUUUACAGCAUUCACUGUAACAUUUACAUGCAUCUCCGUUGUGCCCGUCGCAAGCACCAUUGUGGACGAAUUAUCAAACCACACAGCGAGCCCGUCCGCCAGCGCUCUUCUCGUCACCAUCUGGGAGUUAGGUGAAGCUGCGGGCCCUUUGCUCAUCGCACCCCUCUCUGAGGUCUACGGAAGGUAUCCGGUCAUGAACGUAUGCAACAUACUCUUCAUCUCUGCAUCCCUCCUAGCUGCUGUCAGUGACAGUACCGCCCUCUUCAUUGGUGCCCGAGCUCUGACUGGAGCUGCUGUUGCCUCCAACGUCCUCGGCCCAGCUAUCAUCGGAGACCUAUUCGCAUCCGAACAGCGGGGCUCGGCUUUGAGUCUCGUCAUGUUGGCGCCUCUCGUCGGCGGCGCUAUCGGUCCGGCAGUUGGGGGUGCUAUUGCGCAGACCCUCGGGUGGCGUAGUGUGUUGCUCAUUGCGACUGGUUUGGCGCUGACGUGCGAGAUCGCGUUUGUGACGUGUUUCCGGGAAACGUAUAAGAUGAUCAUACUAAAGCGCAAAGUUGCGCACAUACAAGAAGAAGCUGGCCACGAAGUCUCUGAAGAUACUAAGGAUGAGGCCCGGUACAGACUGUGGUAUGCAAUCACACGCCCAUUCACCGUCUUGUUCGGAUCUAGUGUGCUUCUCGCACUGUCGCUAUUCGGGUCGGUCAUGUUCAGUUACUUUUAUGUCCUAAGUACUACGCUCCCUGAUAUUCUCCGACACCGAUAUGGUUUCACACCCGCUCAGACCGGCUCCUCGUUUCUCUGUUUUAGCAUCGGCUCGUUUGUCAGUGUCCUUAUUUGUAACUCCAGUCUGGAUCGCAUUUAUAUUCGUCUUCGAAACAGGAGUUCUGCGGGCAAGGGCUGCCCGGAAUAUCGCCUUCCGCUGAGCAUCGUCGGCGGUCUCCUUCUACCGUUCGCAGUGCUAGCCUUCGGUUGGAUCGCGCACUUCCGAUUACCCGUUGCGCUGCUAUUGCUCUCUGUCGGAUUCAUGGGCACCACGCUUCUUAUGACCAUGGUGCCGCUAUCAGCAUACGUCGUUGAUGCAUGUGGACUUUACUCCGCUUCAGCAUUGACUGGUGUUAUCGUAUCGAGGUGUCUCAUGGGAACCUUCUUGCCAUUGACGGCUGGGCCGCUCGCAGAUAUGCUUGGAUAUGGAUGGAGUUUCACUUUGUUGGGUUUGCUGAGCCUGGCUUUAUCACCAAUUCCGAUUUUGGUGUUCCGGUAUGGCGAGAAAUGGCGCCAACGAUCAGAAUUCACGAGGGACGCGUGA